CGCUUGAAGCAAAUUGAUCGUUUCCGUUGAGCGUUCCCGACAGCGCCCAGGCUGUCCAGCGCAUUUAGAACUCGUAUCACCUGCGUUGCUGCGGUCUUCCAUUCGUUGUUGAGACUGCAGGCAUUUGCCGACACUCCCUAACAAUUUGCCCAGAGUCAUCAAUUAUGCAGGGCAGCCGCGCGCACGCCGAGCCAAGAUAGCAGCUGCGGCUUGAGCAUCGGCAGCAGCAAUAUGGCGACAACCGCAGUUGCUCCGCACUCUUUUCUACACCUGCAUUCCUACGAACGCCGUGCGGAUUCUUGUUGAGGCGCGGGAAAAGCUGGAUGCCUGCUAUAGAAAACAAAUAAAGAAGAACUAGCUGCAGGAUGAAAACAUGGCCGCAGCCAUUCUUGCACCCCCAGGACCUCACAGCUUCAAGAAGUUUACCCCGGAGUCGCUCGCUAACAUCGAGAAGCGCAUCAAUGAAGAGAAGAACAAGAAACCAGCCAAGCCCCGGUCGGACAGCAGUCAUCGCGACACGUCAGACGACAAUGAGCCCAAGCCCAACCGGGACUUGGAGGCUGGCAAGAGCCUGCCCCUCAUCUAUGGCGAUAUUCCAAAGGGCUUGGGGGCCACACCGCUAGAGGAUUUGGACCCCUACUAUGUCAACCAGAAAACAUUCAUAGUGCUAAACAAGGGGAAAACAAUCUUCCGCUUUAGUGCCACGCCCUCCCUGUACAUCAUCAGCCCUUUUAAUAUUUUCAGGCGAAUAGCAAUUAAGAUUUUGAUACAUUCGUUAUUCAGCAUGAUCAUCAUGUGCACCAUUUUGACCAACUGUAUAUUCAUGACAUUUAGCGACCCUCCAGAGUGGUCCAAACAAGUGGAGUACACCUUCACUGGUAUCUAUACAUUUGAGUCACUCACAAAAAUUGUGGCCAGAGGUUUCGCAAUCGAUGGAUUCACUUUUCUGAGAGAUCCAUGGAACUGGCUGGAUUUCAUGGUCAUUUCUAUGGCGUAUAUAACAGAGUUUGUAAACCUAGGCAAUGUGUCAGCUCUGCGUACGUUCAGGGUUCUGAGGGCUUUGAAAACAAUAUCGGUUAUCCCAGGCCUGAAGACUAUCGUGGGCGCCCUGAUCCAGUCUGUGAAGAAACUCUCCGACGUGAUGAUCCUGACCGUCUUCUGCCUCAGCGUCUUUGCUCUGAUCGGAUUGCAACUCUUCAUGGGGAACCUGCGGCAAAAGUGUGUCUUUUGGCCCGUCAAUACCACCAACAUGUACCUGUCCAACGGCUCCAAGGGCUUUGACUGGGAUGAAUACAUCAUGAAUGACACUAACUUCUACUUUUACCCCGGUCAGGUUGAUGCAAUGUUAUGUGGAAAUAGUUCGGACUCAGGACGAUGUCCUGAAGGGUUUACAUGCAUGAAAGCCGGAAGGAACCCCAACUAUGGUUACACCAGCUUUGACAGCUUCGGAUGGGCUUUCCUCACCCUCUUUCGACUAAUGACCCAAGACUUCUGGGAAAAUCUCUACAUGCUGACUCUGCGAGCGGCAGGCAAGACCUACAUGAUCUUCUUUGUGCUGGUCAUCUUUGUGGGUUCCUUCUAUCUUGUCAACCUCAUCUUGGCUGUGGUGGCCAUGGCCUACGAGGAGCAGAACCAGGCCACCAUCGAAGAGGCUGAGCAAAAAGAGGCUGAAUUUAAAGCCAUGCUGGAGCAGCUCAGAAAGCAGCAGGAAGAAACGCAGGCUGCCGCCAUGGUGACGUCGGCAGGCACUGUAUCGGAGGUUGCGUUGGAGGAUGAGGGAGAGGGUCAUCUGUCCCGUAGCUCCUCGGAGGUCUCUAAGCUGAGCUCCAAGAGUGCCAAGGAGCGUCGUAAUCGCAAGAAGAAAUGGCGGCAGAAAGAGCAGGAGAAAGAGAAGGGUGACAGCGAGAAGGUGGUCAAGUCUGAGUCCGAUGACGGCAGCAAGAGAAGUACCCUUCGUUUUCCGGGAAGCCGUCUGGGCAGGAAGACCUCCAUCAUGAACCAGUCACUCCUGAGCAUCCCGGGCUCGCCCUUCAUGUCACGCCACAACAGCCGCAGCAGCAUCUUCAGCUUCAAAGGCCGCUCCAAGGACAUGGGCUCGGAAAACGAGUUUGCCGACGACGAGCACAGUACGGUGGAGGAGAGCGAGGACCGCCGGGGUUCCCUGUUCAUCCCUUUCCGCCGGAACAGCUACAGCGGCUACAGCCAAGGCUCGUCGCGCAUCCACCCGCUGGCGCCUCACUCAGGAGGGAAGAGGAACAGCACCGUGGACUGCAAUGGCGUGGUGUCGCUCAGCGGCCCGGGGCCUGGCAGACGGCUUCUGCCUGAGACCACAGAUGUGGAAAUUAGGAAGAAGCACUCUGGCUCUCUCAUGGUAUCAGUGGAUCAGCUUAACUCCUCCUUCAAAGGAAAAGACCGCGCCAACAGUCAGAUGAGCGUAGUCACCAACACUCUCUUAGAUGAAUUGGAGGAAUCUCAGAGGAAGUGCCCCCCCUGUUGGUACAAAUUCGCCAACACCUUUCUAAUCUGGGAGUGCCAUCCCAAGUGGCUGAAGCUCAAGCAUAUCGUCUACUUGAUUGUCAUGGACCCCUUUGUUGACUUGGCCAUCACCAUCUGCAUUGUCCUCAACACCCUUUUCAUGGCCAUGGAGCACUACCCAAUGACGGAGCAAUUUGAGCACGUCCUCUCUGUAGGCAAUCUGGUUUUCACAGGGAUCUUUGCUGGGGAGAUGUUUGCCAAACUGGUAGCCAUGGAUCCCUAUUACUACUUUCAGGAAGGAUGGAAUUGUUUUGAUGGUUUCAUAGUGACACUGAGUUUAGUGGAGCUGGGACUCCAAGAUGUGGAGGGUCUGUCAGUGCUCAGGUCCUUCCGAUUGUUGAGAGUGUUCAAACUCGCCAAAUCAUGGCCCACACUCAACAUGUUGAUCAAGAUUAUUGGUAAUUCAGUGGGGGCGCUGGGUAAUCUGACCCUGGUGCUGGCCAUCAUUGUCUUCAUCUUUGCUGUGGUGGGCAUGCAACUGUUUGGCAAAAGCUACAAGGACUGUGUGUGCAAGAUCGCCAGUGACUGUAAACUGCCUCGCUGGCACAUGCAUGACUUCUUCCACUCCUUCCUGAUUGUAUUCAGAGUGUUGUGUGGGGAGUGGAUUGAGACCAUGUGGGAUUGUAUGGAGGUGGCAGGACAGACAAUGUGCCUCACUGUCUUCAUGAUGGUCAUGGUCAUCGGGAACUUGGUGGUUUUAAAUUUAUUCUUAGCUUUGUUGCUGAGCUCUUUCAGCGCUGACAACCUCGCCGCCACAGAUGACGAUGGCGAGCCAAACAAUCUCCAGCUCGCUGUUGCUCGCAUUAAGAUCGGCAUUGCCUGGUUCAAGGUGCACAUGCGUCUCUUUGUCGCCACGGUGCUCAAGAAGCCUGUUGAGGAUGAACAAAAACCUCUGGAUGAAAUGUACGAGAAAAAGCUCAACUGCAUUGCCAACCACUCAGUGGACAUCAACCGUGAACUGGACUAUGCUAAAAACGGCAACGGUACCACCAGCGGCAUUGGAAGCAGCGUUGGAAAGUACAUGAUUGAUGAAGACUACAUGUCCUUCAUCCACAACCCAAACCUGACUGUGUGCGUUCCAAUUGCCGUUGGAGAGUCGGACUUUGAAAACCUUAACACUGAGGACUUCAGCAGUGAAUCGGAUGCGGAGAACAGCAAGGAUCUGGAUGAUACCAGUUCAUCUGAGGGCAGCACAAUAGACAUUAAGCCUGACGUGGAGGAGGUGGCAGUGGUGGAGGUUGUGGAGGAGUACCUUGACCCAGAGGCCUGCUGGACAGAUGAAUGUGUGGCCAAAUACAAAUGCUGUGAUGUUCCCAUCACUCAUGGCUGGGGGAAGCACUGGUGGUUCCUGAGGAAGACAUGCUACCUGAUAGUGGAACAUAACUGGUUCGAAACACUCAUCAUCUUCAUGAUCUUACUUAGCAGUGGAGCCCUGGCCUUUGAGGACGUCUACAUUGAGCAAAGGAAGACCAUCCGUAUUAUUCUGGAGUACGCCGAUCGGGUUUUCACCUACAUUUUCAUUCUGGAGAUGUUGCUCAAAUGGGUGGCUUAUGGUUUUGUCAAGUACUUCACUAACGCCUGGUGCUGGUUGGACUUCUUUAUUGUGGAUGUGUCUAUAGUCAGCCUUAUAGCUAAUGCCUUGGGCUUCUCCGAUCUCGGCCCGAUUAAGUCACUCAGGACACUGAGGGCCUUGCGACCCCUCAGGGCCCUGUCACGUUUUGAAGGGAUGAGGGUUGUGGUGAACGCCUUGGUCGGGGCCAUUCCUUCCAUUAUGAACGUGCUGCUGGUGUGUCUCAUCUUCUGGCUCAUCUUUAGCAUUAUGGGUGUGAACCUGUUUGCUGGGAAGUACUACUACUGCUACAAUGACACAGAAGAGUACGUGUUCCUUCCCAGCGAGGUUAACAACCGAUCGGAGUGUUUUGCUCUCAUCAAUGAUAACCACACGGAAGUCAGGUGGAGAAAUGUCAAGAUCAACUUUGAUAAUGUGGGGGCAGGCUACCUGGCGCUCCUGCAAGUGGCAACAUUUAAAGGCUGGAUGGACAUUAUGUAUGCGGCAAUUGAUUCUCGAUCGGUGGGGGAUCAGCCGGUGUAUGAAGACAACUUAUACAUGUACAUCUACUUUGUCAUCUUCAUUAUCUUUGGUUCAUUCUUCACCCUAAACCUCUUCAUUGGUGUCAUCAUUGAUAACUUCAACCAGCAAAAGAAAAAGUUUGGAGGUCAGGAUAUAUUCAUGACGGAAGAACAGAAGAAAUACUACAAUGCUAUGAAGAAACUUGGCUCAAAGAAACCGCAAAAGCCUAUACCCAGACCACAGAACAAAGUCCAGGGCAUGGUGUUUGACUUUGUGACCCAGCAAGUGUUUGACAUCUCCAUCAUGAUCCUCAUCUGCCUCAACAUGGUCACCAUGAUGGUGGAGACAGACGACCAGUCAGAAGAGACAGAGAACGUGCUCUACUGGGUCAACUUCAUCUUUAUCGUUGUCUUCACCGGCGAGUUUUUACUAAAGCUCUUUGCGCUGCGUCACUACUACUUCACCAACGGCUGGAACAUCUUUGACGUGGUGGUGGUCAUCCUCUCCAUCGUGGGAAUGUUCCUCGCCGACUUGAUCGAGAAGUACUUUGUGUCGCCGACGCUGUUCAGGGUGAUUCGACUGGCUCGUAUCGGUCGAAUCCUGCGCCUCAUCAAGGGCGCCAAAGGCAUCCGAACUCUACUCUUCGCCCUGAUGAUGUCACUCCCGGCCUUGUUCAACAUCGGGCUGCUGCUUUUCCUGGUCAUGUUCAUUUUCUCCAUCUUCGGCAUGUCCAACUUUGGCUACGUAAAACACGGGGCCGGAAUCGACGACAUGUACAACUUCGAGACCUUUGGCAACAGCAUGAUCAUCUUGUUUAUGAUCACCACGUCAGCUGGCUGGGACGGCCUGCUCCUGCCCAUUCUGAACUACCCUCCGGACUGCGAUCCCUUGCUGGAGAAUUCCGGCACUCCUUCCACCGGAGACUGCGGCAACCCAUCUGUGGGCAUCUUCUUCUUUGUUAUGUACAUCAUCAUUUCUUUCCUAAUUGUGGUCAACAUGUACAUCGCCAUCAUUCUGGAGAACUUCAGCGUGGCCACGGAGGAGAGCGCUGACCCGCUCAGCGAGGAUGACUUUGAGACCUUCUAUGAGAUAUGGGAGAAGUUUGACCCCACUGCCUCGCAGUUCAUCACCUACGCCAAGCUUUCCGACUUUGCGGACGCACUUGAACACCCGUUGCGUGUCCCCAAGCCCAACACCAUUGAACUCAUCGCUAUGGACAUGCCGAUGGUGAGCGGGGACCGCAUACACUGCCUGGACAUCCUGUUUGCCUUCACCAAACGCGUGCUGGGCGACAGCGGUGAGUUGGACAUGUUGAGGCAGCAAAUGGAGGAGCGAUUUGUGGCGGCCAAUCCCUCCAAGGUCUCUUAUGAGCCCAUCACCACCACUCUGAGGCGUAAGCAGGAGGACGUGUCUUCCCGAAUCAUCCAACGGGCCUACCGCGUCUACUUGGCGAGGCGGGGUUUCGUUUGCAAGCGGGUCCCGACCAACAACAGAGUGGAGAACGGCGGGAACAAUCAGGACCAAGAGAAGGAGGCCACGCCCUCCACCGCCUCCCUGCCCUCGUACGAUAGCGUCACCAAACCCGACAAGGAGAAGGAGGACGACAACGAGGGCAAGGGAGGGAGGAACGAGAGAGGAAGAAACCAAAAAGACGUCAGGGAAUCCAAAUGUUAAGGCGAUGGGAUAAUAAUAAUCACGGUAUUAACUCCACAAAUUAUAACAACACCAGGAAACUCACACCCGCACGGAUGUACAGAUUAUUUCAUUUGCAAGUCAGAAAAGAUUCAGUGUUUUUCGUUCCAGCCUUCAGAGGGAAGCGCUCACACUGUCGACGACGGCUCGAAGGCUCUCGAACUCCUCUCAUAAUCAGCUGGGACAUCAUUGUAUCUCGAUGAGUCACGUCCACGGGGGAGACAAGGAGCUUCAAACGGAGGACUUCACGGAUUCCAAAAGAAGACGGCGGCCUUUCGGGAAAGAUAAGGAAACUCUUGCCAGAGUUGCACUGCGCAAGGACUGAAACGUCUCGGAGAGCAAAAUGAGAGAAAGACAAAUAAUAGAGCGCAUCGGGAGAAUUUUGGUGUUAUUCAAGCUAGAAAUUGUUGAUGUGAGCAGCAAAAAUGCAAACCAAUAUAAAAGGAACACUAUUUAGCAUUUUGCCCAUGCCACUUAACUCCCAUUAUUUAUAUAGCCACGUCCGAAUGUUGUUGUUUUUUUUCCUUCUUCUACUUCUUCUUCUUCUUCUUCUUCUGUUGGAACAUGGGCUUUCACACCAAUUUGUUUAGGGUUUGUUUAUUGCGGGGGGUGAACUCAGGCCAAGGGCUUCCGUACAUUUACUCCGAACGGUUUCCAAAACAAAAACAUAGGUAAUUGUGCUUGUUCAAUGCAUAGAAAUGAUUUGCAUGAUGGCAUGUUUUUGACCAGAACUCUUGCAUGAACUUUUCAUAGUCCACAAGACACUAACACUGCGGUGGCGCGAUAACGAGGGUCGAUCAUCCCCCAAACGGAAACCUUGUCCCUCACUCCAGACAUUACAAUUGUUGCCUCUAUAAAAAGAAGAAUGGAAAAUGCUGGUAUAUUAAAACACACACACACACACUAGUGGAUUGCAGUUGUAAUGUGAAUAUGGAUCUGCUGCUCUCAAAGAUGUAGAAAGAAGAAUGAAGGACGUAAAAUCAGAAGCUUAUAUUUAACGUUUCUAUGCACCUAUGUAAUGCUCCAUUUGCUUUUAUUGUUUGUAGUGGUCAGUGGGGAUUUUACAAGUAUGGCCUUUUUUUUAAUUUUUUUUUUUUAUUGGCGAUGCAUUUCUUUUCUGAAAGGGCUGAGAGGAGAUCUUGAGCUUAUUCACGCAAGUGUGUGCG